UUUUUUUUUGUAGAAAAUGGUUAAUGUUACUGCAUUUUUGCUUGUUAUAAUUACAUGGCUAACCAUAAAUGCGAUUUGGGUCGAGUUGUCGUUAUAUACCAGUCGUUUGCCCGAAGGAUGGUCUCUUCCCUCAUAUCUUUCUUUGAUUAUACAGGCAGCCUGUCUUCUAACUCUAAUUUACUCUGUCGGGCACAGAUAUACUCGUUUUAAUACAAACAAGGCACCUUUAAUUCUUUCAUUGUUAAUUUUUGGCUCAAUUUGUAUGCUUUUAUUGGCACUUUUUUGGCAAGAAACUUUUUGGUUGUUUAAUUCUGAACAUUCUGUUGCUCUUAUUUCUCUUACUUUUUGUAUGGCUUUGGUUUGUGCUUCCUCCAAUCUUUUCUUUAUGCCCUACAUGGCUGAUUUUCACAAUUCUUAUAUGAGUGCCUACUUUCUUGGAAUGAGCUUCAGUUCUUUUAUUCCGAGUUUAUUCAAGCUUGUACAAGGAGUAGGAAAAUACAAUUGUGUAGAACAUUUAUUGCCCAACGGAACAUUACAACUAAAAGCAAUCCCAACAGAACCUCUCUUCUCUAUAAAAAUUUACAAUUCUCUAAUAUUUGUUUGGAUGAGUGUUGCUACACUUGCUUUUGCUAUUUUACAUUGGAAAUUUGAACAUGCAAAAGAAAAUAAGAAAGUUAAAGAAACAAAACAAAUUGUUGGUGAAAAUGCUUUUGCUGAAGUUGUUAGAGAACAAAUUGAUGAAAAUAAUGUUGGUGUUGUUGUUGCAGACGAACAGAGUCCUCUUAAUUCUAAUAAUAAUGUUGUGAAAGAAAACAAUGGAAUAAUAAAAUUGCAGAACAAUAAUAAUGGUAGAGGAAUGCGUUAUUGGAUGUUAAUUUUAAUGUUAACUUUAAUUUCUGCACAAAUGAAUACAAUAAUUCCUUCAAUUCAGAGUUAUGCUACUCUUGCAUAUUCUAUGAUCACCUAUCAUCUGGCUUUAACACUUUCUAAUAUUUCCCACCCUCCAGCCAAUUUUUUGCCAAUUUGGUGCAAACCUCGUUCAUUAUCUAUUAUCUUCAUUUUAACUUUUAUUUGUACAGGUUCUGAUUUUAAAUUAAAAAAAAUUAAAAAAAAAUUUAUUUUUAAUUUAACAGCCAGUACUAUAUUUAUUUUUAUUUUGGCACUUCAAAGUCCAGAACCAAUGCUUCGAAAUUCUUUCCCAUUUAUGGGAAGUCUCCUUUCGGUGUCUGCAUCCGUUUUGGCAGGAUUUUUAUGUUCAUAUUUACGUACAUUAAUUACUGGAUUGGUUAGAAGUGAACAAGCAAACAGUGAAAAAGCUCUUUUUUGGUGUGGAUUUUUUAUGCAGAUUGGCUCUGUCAUUGGGGCAUGUGCAAUGUUUCCUCUAGUCAAUUACUACAACAUUUUUAAAAAGAGAGAUCCUUGUAUUUUUUAA